CGAGGUUACCAUCUUUUGCGAGGCCUUCCUCUUCCUUUAUAGCCUGAACUCAAAUGCUUUGUAUUAUAGCUGGCUGGCUAGGUGACAUUCAUAACAAGUGGCCAAACCAUUUUAUGAUCUGUUUUUCUAUUAAAUGAGGCAGGACUCUGUGCCAAUAGCUGCUGUUACUUCUAUAUUUCUCUGCCUGUCUCGUCUAGUGAUGUUAAGGGUUUUGCGGAGACAUGUCAUAUCGCAUGCUUUCAUAUGUUUUUCUUAAUAUCCAGGUCUGGCAUUGGAAGCAAAAUGUUGGUAUAAAUGUUGAAGUGAUAAGCUGUCUUUUUGUGUCCUUAGAAAUGUUUGGAUGAAAUAGGAUGGGUGCGAGCUGGUAGCUGACAGCGUUGGCUUUUUGAGUUCGCAUUUCUAUUUCUCUGUCUAUGGACCUGUUUUCAGAAAAAGUGCCUCCAACUCCAAGAUAGUUAAACUUCUUCACAUAGAAUAAAGUAACAUGGGGAUAAAAUAAAGUAGAUAUUAUUGAAAAGAAAUGGCUAGUGUUCCUUUCGGCGUUUAGGGGAUCACUCUGUUACGUCCCCCUCCCUUAUCCAACUAACUGGUGGCUUCUGUAUCUACUUUGUUUUCCAGGUUUCUGCCUUUGCAACUGGGAUGACCACUGUCCAGAUUCGCCUUCGGCUGGUGGGACAUCAAAGUCAGACUAUCACUUUCGAAAAUAGAACAUACUCAGAUGGAGAGAUAAUCUGUGAAACGUUGGGUCAAUUCCAAAGCUUGCAGCUGCAAGGUAACGGAUCGCAGCUCACCGACAAUGCUUGCCAAAACAGAUCAGACAUUCUGAGAAUUGUCGCGGCCACCGGUGGGACCAACUUCACAGUGUCUUCUGAAUCUGUUACUUCUACGCAGAUAUUUACCCUCAACUCACCUGGAGCACAGACAGAUGUAAAGAUGGACAAUGAAACAGCCAGGAUCAGCUCCAGCAAACCAGUGUUGGUAGCACAGAUCGUUUGCAUCAAAGGUUACAGCAUUCUCACUCCCGUCAGCCAAUACAUCAGUUUUGCUAAACUGAAUGUAGGCAACAUUUCCAGUCUUAACUCCUCGAUCUUGUUUAUUUCCUCUGAUGCUCGUGUGAACGAUGAACUCCAGGUUGGAAACCGGACUGUGUCCAUGAAGUCAGAGACCAAUAUAAGAUACAACUUCACAGACCAGUUCCAAGAGAGCUUUAUCCAGCUGGACUCCCGUGCUGCUGGCUUUGAAUUUGGUGGCAUCGUUUACUCCUCUGGCGUUAACACUGGUUCUCUAUCCCCUCUGCCAGCUAUGCAUAUCAUCACCUAUAAGGAGUGCGUUAUGAGGAGAGGAACGCCGGGUGACAACAUCGACAACGACUGUGACGGUUACAUCGAUGAAGAACCAUGUAGAGAUUCUGUUAUGGAAGAUAAAGACGGAGACGGCAUGUACAAUGAGGACUGUCAGAAGCACCCAGAUAUCACACCCAAGUCAACCAGCACGAUGACAUCGUCGAUGGACGUCAGCUCUUCAUCAGAUGUCAUCCAGUCCUCAGCGUCCAUCAAAGGGUCAGCUUCCGCCAACUCUGACGAACUUUGCAGUUGUCUGUGUCCAUCUUCUGCCGCCUCCUUGACAUCUCUUAGCCCCCAGGAGCUCGAGGAAAAAGUAUCCUCCAUUCAGAAGGAGCUGUUAGUGGACAAACGUAGUGUAUCAGCAACCCGGCGUCGUUAUAUUAGCGCUAAGGACGACCGGACGUCUGCUCAUGCUGUGGGCUACCUGGGUGUCGCUGUUGUGGUCAGCAUCUUCCUGGGUAUCUUUCUCCUGGACUUGAGCACUCUAUCACGGGAUCUCAACAGGCUCAUCCGCAACUGCAGAAGGCAAGACUGAUGCCAGCUUAUUACCCUGCACAGAAUACACAUCAGAGACAGCACGUCAGCUUUGAACGGCAUAACGGCUCUGGUAAAAAAUGCAGGUUAACAUUAGAGUCAGAGUUACCCCUACGUGGACAAAAAGUGUUGCAGUAAGAUCUUUUUGUAAAUCUUUUUCUUUGAUAAAACCAAACCGUCAUUUUGCCAGGACAAAGAUUUUAUAUUAAUAAUUGUGAUAAAUGAUUUAGCCACAGACUGCUUUUUCAGCGGAAAAAACAUCAGGUCGUAUUCAGUAUUUAUGAAAUCUUAAAUUUUGAAGUCGCAAUUUGGAAAUCAGGCAAUUUUUUUACUUUGUGAUUAAGUAUCAGAUUUUAAUUCUUUUUAAUCUGAAUUAUCUCAUUCUUCGCAAAGAACGUCAUGUCAAUGAUUGGACCCUUGGUCCUUAAUCAGCAACCAGGAGAACAAUCUGAUAGGAGCAAUAUUCUAUAAAGGAGGAGAAAAGUUUAGACUCUUCUCAAAUUCGAACCCCAUUCAUACUUCCUUGGCCUACUUGGUCACUGAGUGCGUCAUUCUGGUAAUCACGUCUUACUUUUACUUUUAGUUUAUCAUCAUCCCAGAUGCCCUUAUUAGAGAAUCAUACAAACUGAGCUAAGGAUACAAAGAGGGCCUACGUUUCAUGGGUGCGGGUUGCAAGUAACAUCUCAUUGUUUGCUGAGUUUGAAGCGUUACUGGCUUUGGAAAAACUGGAUUUUCUUAAGAUGUUUGAUUGUCGAAAUUCAUCGAUCCACAAAUGGAUGUCGGCAACUACCUAUAACAAAGUCUAGAAGAGCAGCGACGUUGUACCACAAAUAAGGCAUACAAUGUCGUCCUUUCAAAGAUCCCUCCCAUCCCCACCCCCUUUUAAAAAUAAUAAAAUCCUAUAUUUGUUUGGGACAAAGCUAAUGAAAUAUCUGUGAAUGUGAUCAUUCUAUGAAAAGAGCUGGAAACGAAGGAUCGGUUUUGUGACAACCUGGGGGAUGAUCAUGAAAGGUCAGAAACAAAAACAAGACUUCUAUCACGUUUACGCAUCAUAAUCGUUAACCUCCCAUUUUCCCUACGAAUUAUUUUAUGAUCUCAUCAUCUUCAGCUUCAGCAUUAGCAUCAUCCUCAUUAUCUCCAUCAUUAUCAUUAUUGUGAGCACGAUACUGUUUAAAAAGCAACAACAAAAAUGGUGGAGACUUGAGUAAUUCAAUAUCUAUAACACUGUAAAAAAAAGUUCCAUCAUCAUCAUG